UCUGAGCAAAGCCAAGUAUUUGGUGGGCCCAGAGAAAGCAACAAAAAUUCCAAAAUAGCAUAACAGGCCUUCACCCAAUCAUGGACCCAUCAUAACCACGACCACUAACUUUGGUUCCUCCCCUUUUUCUACUCUCUCCUCGCUCCCCUUUCCAGAACCAUCACCACCACUUCUCCAAUGUCCUCCUCCGCCUCCGCCGCUGCCGGCGUCCUACCGGAGCGGCAGACUUACUGGUGCGACGAAUGCGACAUGAGCGUCGAGCUUCUAUCCUCUUCGGUUCCUUCGCCUCUACUCUGUCCCCAGUGUCGGCUCGAAUUUCUCCACGGUAUGGAUGGUUGUAGUCUGUUUGAUGUUAGCUUCGGCGAUUUAGAUGAACACGAAGAAGAUGGAGAUGAGGACGAUGAUUGGUGUUUGGUCGAUCCUGCGGUUUCCGACGAUAAUUUCCUCGUCGAUAGCCCCUACCGUCAGCGCAUCCUUCGCCGUCUCGCCUCCGAGAGUUCCGGAUCGUCUUCUUCUUCUUCUUCGUCGUCGUCUAAGUGUCCAGAUAUCGAUUCGAUCCCCACCGUCCAGAUCUCGUCCGCCAUGCUCUCCUCCGUAGACGAUCCCGAUUCCGGCAUACUCUGCGCCGUUUGCAAGGAGGAGUUCGAGAUCGGAGAAUCCGCUAGAAAGUUACCUUGCACCCAUCUAUAUCACUCGGAUUGCAUCAUCCCGUGGUUAUCGGAUCACAAUUCGUGUCCGCUUUGCCGAUUCGAGUUUCCCACCGCGGAGAAAGGAAACGGAGGCGGUCGGGAGGCAGGGACGAGGAUCCGGUGGUCGGAUCUGGUGGAGAUGGAAGACGGCGACGAUGAGGAAGACGAAGACGAAGACGGAGAUGACGACUGGUUGGGAAUCGGUGGCGCGCUGAGGCGAAUCAUGCGGCGGCAACAGCAGCUGCGGCGGAGGUUGGGGAUGGAAGCGGCUGAGAGAGAGCUCUCGUGGACGGUUUCCGGCACGGGAAAUUAAGGGAUAAGGGAAGAGAUUUAAUCUUCCAUUGCUAUUGAAAUUAAAAUUAGUCACUUGUUGAGUAUCAAACGCAACGCUUUAAUUUCUAUGUUUAAUUUUCGAGGAACGGAUUUAUGAAAAAUAUUCGAAUUAUUAUCGAGGGUUA